GUUUGGGUCGACUUUUUGGUUGAGAUAAGAACGAGUGUUGGGAAAAGGACAUAUAUAUUUCUUGACCACUUUACUCACUCAUUUUGGGCCCUUAAAUAUUGUUGAGCACCCCCUACAGUCUCUUUAGUGCAGGUAGUCAACAUUAGACAAUAUGUGUGUGCUUUUUUCCUCUCUGGAUUGAUUCCACACCUGUCUGUGUCAGUCAAGGGAAAAGCUGUUCAGAAAAGCCCUGGAUGGGCACGACAGAAACAGUGAUAGGAAGUCAUACAACGGCAUAACAUGAUGAGAAGCUUUCUUCAUCUGUUGACGGUGUCCUUGAUUUGCUUCUUUCUCCAAGAAUGUUGGGGCCGGAAUGAAGAGGAACGCCUCAUCAACUAUCUUUUCAAGGAGCGUGGCUACAACAAAGAGCUUCGUCCGGUCCAAAAUAAAGAUGAUACUGUAGAUAUUUAUCUGGCACUGACACUUUCUAAUCUGAUUUCCUUGAAAGAAGUUGAUGAAACAUUACUAACAAAUGUGUGGAUGGAGCAUGGCUGGACUGAUUAUAGACUUGAGUGGAAUGAAACAGAGUUUGAUAACAUUCCUGUUCUGCGCCUGCCGCCAAGUAUGGUGUGGUUACCAGAGAUUGUUCUUGAAAACAACAAUGAUGCCCAGUUCCAGGUGGCCUAUUACUGCAACGUAUUGAUCUAUCGCAGUGGAUAUGUGUACUGGUUGCCUCCAGCUAUAUUUAGAAGCUCCUGCUCUAUAAACGUCAACUACUUCCCUUUUGAUUGGCAGAACUGCUCACUAAAGUUUAGCUCAUUAACUUACAAUGCCAAAGAGAUUAGCUUACAUCUGAAAGAGUUGCAGGACAAGGAUGAAAAGUCCUACAAGGUGGAAUGGAUCGUUAUUGAUCCUGAGGGAUUCACAGAAAAUGGCGAGUGGGAAAUUGUUCACAAGCCUGCCAGGAAAAACAUUUAUAAAAACAUCCCAAUGGAAAGCAACAAGCACCAGGAUAUCACCUUUUACCUCAUCAUUAGACGUAAACCUCUGUUCUACGUUGUCAACAUCAUCAUUCCCUGCGUGCUCAUCUCUUUCCUGGCCUCUCUCGUCUACUACCUGCCUGCAGACAGUGGUGAGAAGAUGACAUUGUCCAUCUCUGUGCUGCUGGCUCUGUCUGUGUUUCUGUUGCUAAUUUCACAGCGUCUGCCUGAGACGUCUAUGGCAGUUCCCUUAAUUGUGAAGUAUCUGAUGUUUAUCAUGGUACUGGUCACUGUGGUGGUGCUGAAUUGCGUAAUUGUGCUCAACUUGCAUUUUCGGACCCCCAGCACCCAUGUCAUGACCAAAUGGACCAAAGAGUUCUUUUUGGAGCGACUGCCUCGUCUACUCCGCAUGUCCCGUCCAUCCGAUGACAAACCCAGCCUGGAGGGGGCGCUGCCGCGGCGUUCCAGCUCAGUGGGGUACAUCGCCCAGGCCGAGGAGUACUAUAGUGUUAAAUCACGCAGCGAACUGAUGUUUGAGAAGCAGUCUGAGAGGCAUGGCAUGGCUGCUCGCCCCACUCCCAAAGCUACGUACACAUCCAGUAAUGACUCAGAGGUGUCAGAACAGCUGUACAACGAGAUGAAGCCAGCUGUGGAAGGAGCCAAUUACAUCGUUAAGCACAUGCACGACAAAAAUGACUAUAAUGAGGUAAGAAGACAAUUAAAUCUAACGUUGCAGGAGAUGGUUAGAUAUAUAUGUAGAUAG